CUUCCUCCUUGCGGUUGAUUUGAUUCAUUCGUAUCUCUCUUUCUCAGCACAGCGAUAGCAGAGAGACCUCACAGCGGAGCGGAGAGACUUGGUCGUCCCAAUUCUCCCCGCGGCUUCCAUCGAUCCAUCGCCAGGGAGUGGGCAAGGAGCACCAGCUCCCCUCCCUCCCUCCCCUCCCCGCCUCGCCCCGCGGCGUCCGACCGAUGCAAAAUGUUCUUAACACAUGGAACUAGUGAUGGUGCUGCGACAAGAAAGAUUGGCCGCAACCGCAAUCGCUUGUUUAUGUCAACAGAGAAGAAGAAUCCAACCAACGUCCAGUUCGAGCGCCAGGUAGCUCGUCUUGAAUCAAGACAGCAGCAAUCGAGGCGGGUUUUCUUCACGGCAUUAGUUCCUUUUGAGGUGCUCUGCGAGUUGGAGCCAUCCUUGCAUGCCGAAAAUGGAAAUAACCACCCCUCGUCUGAACCUACAUCUCCAGAAGAUAGCCUUGGCCCGCCAUCCUCCGCACAGUCCUCGCCAUCAAUUAUUUUCAUUCAUGUUGCUGCUCAUGAAGAUGCUGUCAGAAAUUGUGCAGCUAAUCCAUUAAGGCGGCUUCUGCAAGAGAGAUCCACAGCAUCCAAUAGUAUGCCUGACUCAGAUUUCUUGGACAGUACUUUUGCCAAUACAAGUGUGGAUGCAAAGCAUACUACAAGAAGGAAGAGCAAGAAGAAAAGCAAGAAACACAGGCAACGUCUCAGAAAGCCAACAGAUGGAUAUGAAAUUAAAUGUGCAGAGAGCAACAGUUCUUCCCAUUCUGUUGAUAUGGUUGAUUCUUGUGAAGGUUCGACACUUUCACCGAAGCAUGUUGGUGACAUGGAGUUUGAUGACGCAUUUUCUCCCAGUUCUUCGGUGAAAGAACCCUCUGAAAAGGCUCCUGACAGUGAAAAUGAUAAUGAGUACACCGGCUGUUCAGUUGCUUCAGUUUCAAGUGCGUCUUACUCUGAUGAGACAGAACUGUCUAGACAAACUACAUCAUGCCUGGAAGUGUUUGGACAAUGUAACGGCAGUAACCGCAGGUCAUUGGAUGAUACUUCAAGUUCCAAACGUAUGGAUUCAUCUCAAGAGCUUGGUUAUGCUGGCAGAAGUGGGAAAUGCAGUGACAAGAUCAUGACUAGCAAUGCUUGUGGACAUGAUCCCUGUGAAAUCACAGAGCUUCACAGCUUUAGUGAUGGAGUUGAUGAUUAUUGGCUAGAGAAGUCUGACUGCGAUCGUGGCUUUUGUUCUCAAAAUGGUGUUGGUGUGUGCAAUGGAGCCCAAGCAGUCCAUUUGUGCAGCAAUGGUAACAGAGGCAGUGAUUUCAGCGUAGUAGUUUCGAGAAAGAGAGCUAGAAAAGAGAAGAAAAUGUCAAAGUGGAAGAGUUUUAGUGGGGAGCAUGCUUCUGCUGACACACACAGUCCUAAUGAAAAAUGCACUGGUCCCUCUUCUAGGCUGGUGAUUAAGGAACUCUAUACUAAGGAGUGCUCACAUAGACAAGCUCAUGUUGGUAGCAUACAGCCUCAGAAUGGAGUUGUGUUAAAAUGCCCCAUCAAGAAUUUCAUCCAUGAACAGAGUAACAGAAGUCCACUGAAGCACUCCGAAUCAGGAACUGGUCAAAUUCAUUUUACAAGUCCAAAAGAAAACAGCAAUAUAAAAUCAAAUGGCGAUUUUGAUAAAGAGCAGAACAUUGAUUUAAAUAAAAGGCUACCCAACGCUGUGCACUGCAGAGAAUCAAGUUCUUGUGAGAUGAGAUCACAUUCUGCUUCUGAACCUACAACCCCCAAGUCUGCAAAGGGCAAUUUUACUUCAGAAUCUGGUAAAUCAUCAAGUCAUGCUGUAGAAGAUUUCCCCAUGAAUACAAGAGUAUUACAAGGUUCACCCCAAGUCAAUUAUGCUACCGGAACAGGUUCUGGACGACCAUCACCUGAUCCUAAGUCCACUCAAACUGCCUUAGUGGUCGGAUGUGGUGUAAUUCCUUCCUUCGAAGGGAAACACAGUUUCGGAAAGUCUUGCAGCUCUGAAAUGAAUCUAAAUGAGAUGAUCAAGGUUGUUAAUGAUGCCUAUGAAGUGCAGAUUGCUGCAGAUGUCCACCUGUCUGUUGGUUGUCCAGUUACUGAUCUUGAGACAUUUCUAUAUUCUGCAACUCCAGUCAUUGGCCAUGUUCCUUGUGUCAAAAGCAGCAACUGUUCGCAGGGUCAAUUAGUUGAGAACCCAGUUUAUCAGCAAUACAAGUCUGUUAUUUCCCUGAGAAACGUAUGGGAAUGGUAUGAAGAGCCAGGGUGCUUUGGGUUGGAAGUAAGUGAUCUUAAUGAUCACAGUUCUAAAACAUCGCACUUCAAGGAUUCAGAGUUCUGUGCAUAUUUUGUACCUUAUCUAUCUGCUAUUCAGUUGUUUGGCCGGUCUAAGGAGAGUACAGAUAAUGAUUUUAGUGUACAAGAGGGAGAUUUAUUGGAGGCAUCAAAUACCACAAGCCUUUUGAGUUCUCAUGCUGUGCGUGCGAAGUUGCAUAAACCAUUUGAGCAAAGGAACACAUUCUUCUCAGAAUCAGCUUUCCCCGCACAGGGUCAUGGAAGGCUCAUUUUUGAAUACUUUGAAACAGAGCAGCCUUCUUUUCGGCCUCCAUUGUUUGACAAAAUCAAGGAGCUUAGUGGCCUAAAUGUAUCUGGCCAUCCAACUCUUGGUGACCCAGAAAUGCUGCAAAACAUGAAAUUGUGUGACCUGCAUCCAGCUUCCUGGUACUGUGUUGCCUGGUAUCCUGUUUAUCGUGUACCUCAUGGGAGCUUCCGUGCUGCAUUCUUGACCUACCAUUCACUGGGUAAAUUGGUUCCACAAAAUUUCUCCCCAGAUUUGACCGGUGGAUAUACCAGUAUAGUUUCCCCAGUUGUUGGUCUGCAGAGUUACAAUGACAAGGGAGAGCAAUGGUUUGAGCUGAGAUCUCCAGGUUCAAUGAAACGCAGUGGCGCUGAAGUUGUGAAAGCGAGGCUGACCACACUAAAGCGAGGUGCAAUGGCAUUGGCGAGGGCCGUCAUUCCCAGGGGAUCCGUAGAAUCGUCCGUGAACCACCAUCCAGACUAUGAGUUCUUCCUGUCUCGGUCUACCUAGGCGGCUGCGCUACACCCUGGACUGGAGAGACUACAUUCCGUUCCCUGCUACUAACCCCAUUGCAAGAUUCCCGUGAGAAAAUUCAGAAAACAACAAAAAAAAACUUUUAGCGCAUGAUAGAUAUGACAAUCCACUAACCAGUGGGCGGCUAUAGCUUACCGUAGAAAGAAGAGACUCAGAGAAGGGGAUAUUAUAAGAGACAUGCUAACAACCUGCUGACAGCUGAUGGUGCAAACCGGGUUGACUUUUUAGAUGUUUGGAUGUUGUCUGCCAAUGGAAUCGUUUUGGCAACAUUUCCUGUUACAGAUCAUGCAGGCAGGCGGGCAGGUUCUGCUUCUGCAGGUGUUUUACCUUCCUUUUUAUGUGUACAUACAAAAAUUGAGAGCAAGACAGAGGAUUGCUGCUCAAUGUUUUUUUUUCCUAUGCCGAUGUAUCAUGAGAUCCAUUCGAGCUGUAGAUGGUACUAAAAUCUGCAUUUACUGGGGGAUAGAGCUGUUUGGCUGCUAUGGAUGAUGAGUGUUUUGUCACUCUAGGUAAAUCAUCAAUCUAUUGCUACAAUCAUAUCAUGUUUCUCAUUUUGUUUCA